AAAGUAACACAGACCUGAAUGGUGAUGAGCCUUCCGGAUCGGACAAAUCUCAACAUCUGGACCAUGUGAAACAGUCACUGAAUGGGUGUUACAGGGUAGAUCGGGACGAUUAUCAUGGCAAGCAACGCCUGUCAAAUGCAGGAGCAGGGCAGCAGUGGUUCGCUAUCAUCACUAGCACAGGUAGCAACAAGGAGCGCAAAAUCAGAGGACAGAAACUCAAACGAAGAUGUUUCUAAUGCACACAACAGGAGAGAGAUUCCCCCCAGAAGACAGCCAUACAGAAAAGUGUCUUCAGAUCCAGCAGGUCCAAAAGUUGAAGAGAUAAAAGAAGAGGUAGCGCCUUGCAGUGUCCCACCAGGGCCCGGCAUGCCAGCCUCUAUUUAUCAGACAAACCAUGGCCAGUUCAUUGCUUUUACUCAGGAUGGUGCCAUCCAGCUGACCAGUGCUCUACCUAGGGGUCUACAGGCCCUGCAGCCUCUGACCAUGUCCAACUCUGGAAACUCCCAGUCUGCUGCAGCCAUCGUCCAGUAUUCCCAACAGUCAGGAGAUGGCACUCAGCAGUUCUAUAUGCAAGGCAACAAGGUGAUGGUAAAAGGUAAAUGCUCUAGUCCCUCACCAUCGAGGUCUGCCAUCACUUCCACUGGUGACAUGUCAGGCUACCAGAUCUGCACUCCCACCUCCAGCCUGCCCCAGGGCGUUGUGAUGGCUGGCUCACCAGGCUCUCUGCACAGCCCCCCACACGUGGCUGACGAGACCACACGCAAGAGACAACUCCGCCUCAUGAAGAACAGGGAGGCUGCCCGCGAGUGUCGCCGAAAGAAGAAGGAAUAUGUAAAAUGUCUUGAGAAUCGGGUGGCUGUGCUCGAAAAUCAAAACAGGACUCUCAUUGAGGAACUAAAAGCGCUUAAAGACAUCUAUUGCCACAAAGUUGAAUGACCACAGACGGCUAAUGGCUUGAUGGGGUGCGCCGCAGUAACAGUUUACAGAUAACUGUAAGGGUAUCUUGGAGAAUCCGCUUUGACUCGAUGUCCAGCAUCUGCUCUCACACACCAAAAUAUAAAUAAAAAAACACCUCUUUUCCCGAUCCACUUGUUUAGAAGACAUAUUCCGUACUGUCGUCAUACCACAUUUACAGUAUCUGGCCAGUUGUGGCGCGAGUACAGUGAGUAUUAUGAGGUGCCCCUGUUGCUUUUCCUUGUUGCAGGCAGGCAGCCAAAGAGUGCCGGCGGAGGAAGAGAGAGUAUAUUCGCUGUCUGGAGACUCGCCUCACCAUGCUGGAGGCCCAGAACAAGAAGCUC